GUUGACUGCUGAGGGCCUGCGGCGCUUGAUUCUAUCGUAACGUCAGCCUACCUGUUAUUGCGUUUUACGUAUGGCCUUACAGAAGUCACGUACGUGCCGAACAUCACAGACACCCCUUUGGCUGGUUAAACAAUGUGUAGUCAAGUGCUGAUAAACCCGUUUCGCAAGGGUUGUGUCAUUUUCUCCAAAUCUCUAGCCAGAAGACCACUUGCCAAUUCUAGUUGGAUAAGAACUUUGUCACAUGGUACACAAAGUUCGAACAAUCAUGACUUCCAUGAUAAAAGUGGUUAUGAGAAUUCCAAGCGACUGAUGAUCACUGGGUUUGGCGCCAUCACUGUAGCUGGAUUAUACUAUUAUUUCAAGAAGAACAUUCCCACUGUGUGGGCCCAUGAAAGUAAAGAAAAUGAGGUAAAUACUGUGGCAAGAGAACCAGGAAGUUUUGUGGAAGGGUUGCCUGUUUACAGCUCUGAUGAUGUGGCCAAACAUUGCAAUGAAUCUACUGGUGUAUGGAUCAGUUACAAGAGUGGUGUCUACGACAUAACUCCAUUUAUCAAAAUCCAUCCUGGAGGAAAUAAGAUUUUACUUGGAGCUGGGGGCUCAGUUGAGCCUUUCUGGUCUCUCUAUGCAAUCCAUCAGCAACCUGGAACCUUGGCUCUCAUGGAAAAAUACAGAAUUGGCAAUUUGACUAAAGGUGAAGAACACUUGGCUAUGGCAAAUAUGCAUGACCCAUAUGCAAAUGAGCCUCGACGGCAUCCGGUCCUAGUAGUAAAGACAAAAAAACCUUUCAAUGCUGAAACUCCGAGCUCUCUACUGGUAGAAAGCUUCAUCACACCAACAGAUAUUUUCUACGUUCGCCACCACUUUCCCGUUCCAGAUGUCGACCUUUCAAGUGGCAACUACUCCUUAGAAGUUAUUGGCCUUGAUGAGAAACAUAGCCUGAAUUUGAACUUGGACCAGUUGAAAACAGCGUACGCUCCACACAGUGUUACUGCCGCACUGCAAUGCUCAGGCAACAGGCGAUCGGAAAUGAAUCGCGUCAAGCCCACGAAAGGUUUGGAAUGGGGCCAAGGAGCAAUAGGUAACGCAGUUUGGAAGGGAGCUCGCCUAAGAGAUGUGUUGCUUGCUGCCGGCAUCAAGGAUAGCGAUGAGAACGAGAACUGGCAUGUGCAAUUUGAUGGGCUGGAUGCAGAUCCAACUAACGCACCGUACGCAAUUUCCAUUCCAUUAACUAAAGCCAUGGAUCCUCGAGGAGAUGUCAUUCUGGCUUAUGAAAUGAAUGGUGAACCGCUUACUCGCGAUCACGGUUUCCCAUUGCGGGUCGUCGUACCUGGAACCACUGGUGCUCGUUGGGUCAAGUGGUUAACUCGAAUUGAAGUUUCAAAAAAUGAAAGCGAAUCUCACUGGCAACAGUGUGAUUACAAAAGCUUCAAUCCGUCAACGGAUUGGGACAAAGUGGAUUUCUCCACAGCCCCAGCCAUCCAGGAGAUGCCGGUGACUAGCGUUGUGUGUGAACCCCAUGACGGCGAGAAAGUGAAACUAAAAAAAGACAAACUUAAUCUACGAGGAUUUGCGUGGAGCGGUGGUGGACGCGGAAUUGUGCGAGUUGAUGUCAGCAUCGAUUUGGGCAAGACAUGGCAUGUGGCCGAACUCCUUGAUCCAGUCAAACUAAGUAAACAGUGGGCAUGGACCCGCUGGCAGGCCAACUUGCCUGUCCAAACGACAGGCCAAGAAACGGAAAUUUGGGUUCGAGCGGUUGAUUCUAGUUAUAACACGCAACCGGAAGGGAUGGAACAUCUUUGGAACAUGCGGGGAGUCCUGGCCGUUGCCUAUCACAAAAUCAAAGUAUUGGUGGAAGAAAAUUAACCAUGACAGAAACAAAGAAUAUUCAUUGUUACAACCGAUGUAUUUUUCCCAAUAUAUACUUGUUAAAAACCUACAGAGCCUUAGUACAAAGUUUUGAAAUUUCAA